GUAAGGUAAUAAAUUCAACUCUCGGAUUCCUGUGUAAACCCUGUCCAAGCGGUCCCUGAACGCAGCAUUGACUAGCAACGACAUUGUGUCGCAGUUCCAACGGAAAGAAGUUUUCUGAGGACGUUUCGUAUUUUUCGUUUAUUUGAUUUCAUUUUAUUUUACUUUUCAUAAACAUUUGCAGAAAACAGAAGUACCGAACGAUGGCAGGUGAAAUUAGUCACGAAGACAAAGAAAGCUACUUAUAUUUAAUACAAGUUCGGUAUCUGGAGGAGAAUUUAGAGAGAGCUCGGCUAGAAUGUGAUGAGCUGGAGAAAGAGAAUAAGGACCUGGUCUCUCAGUAUGACAGGCUGCUGAAAGAAGACAACAAUGGGAACAUGAAACGCUCCCUGACUGAUAAUCAGAAGAAGGUGGAGGAGUUAGUUGAUGAGUUGGAACAUCAGAAGAAGUCCUUCAGACAAGACAGAGAGGCCCAAAUAGUGCAACACAACCACAAGAUGCAGGAGCUAGAGGAGACAAAAGCCAAACUCGAAUCAAAGAAAAUGAUUCAGGUGGCUCAGUUGGAGGAGCAGGAGGAACAGCUGAGGAAGCUGAGGCAGCAGUUGUCUGAAAAGGAGUCUUGGGUGAAGAAGUUCAUCAAUCUGGAAGAAGAACACAAAGCUGUCGUCCACAAACUAGAGACAGAUGCUGUGUUGAAACUGGAAGAGAGCAUCAAGAUGUUGCAAAACUCAGUCGAGACCCGUGUAACAACGGAGGCCUCCAAAAUUCUUCAUAGAGAGAGGGUUCUGAGCAGCCAGUUGUUGGAUGGUCUCCUAUUCCUGCAGAAUGAGGUUGAGCUUCGGCGGAUAGAAAAAGAUGCCGUGCAGGAGAAAACCAGUGAAACUAAUGUUGAGCAGGAUGACCUGGAGAAUGAGUUCAGUGACAGUGACCAGAGGAGAUCCAUCCUCCAGAAGAGGGUGAAGCAGCUAAGGCACACCUGCCGCCAUCUGGAGAAGGAGAUUAAGGACUCAAACAACAAUGCGGCACUGUGGUUAACUGGGAAAGACUCUCUCAGCCAGCGCUUGACCUUAGCAUCUGAUCAGUGCUGCCAAGAAACAGCCAAGUUAGGUUUAAUUCAGGCCGAGCUGGAAAAGGAGAGGACAAGGAUCAGGGAGCUGAAGGGAGUCAAGCGGGAGGCAGUCAUCGUUCUCAGAUACAUCCUGUUGGACACAGAGGAUGAGGCUGGGACUCGGCUGAAGAUGGAGAGGUUGCUGGACAUCUUGGAGAGCGCCGCACCAAAGGGAACAGGGUCUACCCUCGGAGACUUGGCAAAGAAGACCAUGGGAAGACCAAAACUCUCCAAAGCAGCCAGGAAACCCGGGAAACAUGGAGAUAAACCUUCCAGCUGACCUGGCUGACCCUGCUCCUCCUCCUCAGCAGACCGCAGAAAGCAUCUUUCAUCCCUUCAGCCAACAUUAAGAUAAAGAGUCCUACCUGCAAGUGUCCCUCCAACUAUGGAUGUUUUAAUCAUGAGUGUAGGGUGUGGCCUACGACUGUUUUUUCUACUGCUGAGUCGUCCUCUAUUGAAGACUCUUCAAUAUUGCACCAUUGAAGGUCAAAUCCAUGUCAUCAGUCAAAAAGCAGACCUGGAUAGCUGACCAAAUCCACCAUCACAAAAGGGAAUGCAGAAAAGCAGAGUGCAGGUGGAAGAAACCUGACCUUGUUCAGUUUGAUCUCAUUAAGGAUGAAUAUUUUCAGUUCAAUAAAAUUGUUAAGGAGGCCAGAUUUAUUUCUCCAUUUUUAAUCUCAGUUAAACAUUCACAACAGUUGAUAUGCUGAUAAACUCCACCUCUCCAAGUGCCCCACCUGAAAGUGAGGUAGAUUGUGAAUUUUUUUUAAAUCUUAUUUUACUGAUAAAGUCACUGCCAUACAAAGGUCUAGCGUUACAAUAUUUACAUACCCUCAGAUCACACAUCCCCAGCUUUCAAUCAGCCUUACUCAAUCACUCUUAUUGAAGUUUCAGAAGAUGAAUGAAAGUGACGUCCAACCCUUUGAUUCCUCCAACCUUUUUGUAUAAUCUUAUAAAUUUGGUUGGGCCCUCCUUGGUGUCAAAUUUUAAUGGUUCUGACUGUGUCACUGAUUUCUAAAAGUGCAUUUGUGAACCCAUUUUUAAAAACACCAGGACUGGAUACCUUGCAACCUCAAAACAAGCAGCUUCUACCUGUGCUUGAAUCUCACAAAAUGUGUGAACAUUUUCAGACUGGUUUUAGGAAACAACACAUCACUGCUUUGCUCACAAAUUAACUUUUUUUUUUUUUUGGAACUUAUUUUUUAUUAGAAUUUUUAACAGUGACUUAACAGUUACAGCAUCAGGGUUCAGGACAUUUAUAUUCUCCGUCAAACCUCACAUCAAUGUCCAUAUUGACUAGUGAUGGUGUUAGUGUCCUCUUCUGUCCUCCUACAAUCAAUCUAUUUUACCCACUUAACUUCAAAUUGCAUUUCCUGUAGUUUUAAUUUGUGUAAGUUUUUUUCAUUGCAAAUAUUUCUUCGACAGUGCAUACCCACUGCUCCUUAGUUAGUGGCUCCACUUUAUACCACAAUCUUGUAAUUACUUUUUAACUUGCCGAUAAAAGUAUUUUAACCAAAUACUCAUCUUUGUUUUGUAUCACUUCACGUGUCAAGUUUCACAAAUGAACUUUUAAUGGCGUCUGACAAUGUUAUGAGCUCAAUCCUAGUACUCCUAGACGUGACUGUUGCCUUUGAUAUGACAGAUCAUGAUCAUCAUUCUUUUAAACAGGCUGAGUACUGGGUGGAAAUAUCAGUGACAAUCCUUCAUUGGUUCUCUCAUAUUUAUUAGACAGAAGAUUGCAUGUUGCUGGGAAUAAUUUUAGAUCAUCUGUGUGUAAUAUGAAAUACGUUGGUCCUCAGGGGUCAGUUUUAGGACCAAUUUUAUUUUCUUCUUACGUGCUUCCUUUGUGAGACGUCAUUCACAGGCAUGGUGUCUCCUGCCUUUAACCCAUCAGACAUGGGAACUCCUGAGUUUAUUACACAACUUCCUACAUGAUAUCAAAAACUGGAUGAACAACAACUUCCUGCAGUUAAAUCCAGACGAAACAGAAGUCAUUAUUAUUUUGCAUCAACAGCUGCUAAAACAAGCUCUACCCUUGUCUGAGGUUUUUUACAACAGUGCUGAUGUUGUUGCAAAGGAAAUCAGAGUCUGGAUUGAUUAUGAGUUUUGAAUCCCAUAUCAUCAAGACAGUUCACACUUGUUUUUGCCAUCUGAAGAACAUUUCUAAGA